AGUCUGGCGUUUUUCAAAAAGGAACCUGUUAGGAUCACUAAUACACCCUGCUAACCAGGGCAGCAUGGGCUGGUUAAUUCAGAUUAAAUAGAUACAGCGUACAGCAGGCAGAGAAGAGCAUCCAGCAAUGUAUAGUAGUGGUGCGUGUGUGUACGCAUGCGCACCCACCCGACAGUGAUAUCCAGUGUGAGAACAGGAGUGUUAUAAACAUAUAACAGUAUCCCUAGUUCCAUCUACGAAAUGUUGAAGGUUAUAUCCUAACUAGGCCCGAGGCUAUCAUGGUAGAUACAGCCCUAGGCCUGAGGGAACCCCCUGCAGUGCCACCUCCCACCAGCAGAGGCUGCUGUGGUUCCCCAGGCCACCUGCCCAGGUGUCAACUCUACUUUCUUCCCCUGCUGGAUCCUUUUCAGGUUUGUUGUGAGAUCCUUGAAAGCUUAUUGAGCUGGAUAAACAUCUCUAAGGUUGUACAGAAAUGAGUAAGAAUAUUAAAGAACUAAGGGAAGCAUUGCAAAGACAAGCCAAAGAAACCUUGAAACUCCAGGAAGAAGCAAGCAAGUUCUCAGCGGAAUCCAUCACCUGUAGAGAAGGGACUGUCUCUCCUAGCAACAUGACAAGUUCAAGUGCUUCUGUUCAGCUGAAGAGCAAUCCAAGCCUAAAAUCGUCCAGCAAGCGCGGCUCAAUCAAAGAGUCCUCCACUGGCCCUAGUUCUGUUCCUGCUGAUAGUAGCCCACCCAAAAUCUUGUAUACUAAAUAUGAAUUGGACAUUGAUGGCAAGAGAAGACACUCUUACACAGGAAAAGAAUACAUGGAUCCGGGGAAAGAGCACGUUGAGACCAUCUUGGAAGAAUAUGUUCAGCAAGUGAGAGAUCUGCAGAAAAAGCUAAGUGAAGAUGCACAGCAACAUGAACAACAGAAAUUCACUUUAAGGCAGACUAUAAUUGAGUUGCAGGCAAAUCUUCGGGAGGUGCAAAAGGAGAAAGACUCAAUCACUGAUCUCAGACGAAGAGAGUCCCAGACCCAAGAGAAACUCAACAGCCAGAUGAGGACUACAAUUAGUGACUUGGAAACAGCUAGUCAACUUCAGGAGGAGAUGCAGAAGGAGGCCAACAACCAGAUAGAGCAACUGAAGAAGCUAAUACAGGCCCACGAAGAUGUGCUCCAGCAGCUCCGGAAAGUCCUGGUGAACUAUGAAGAAAGCUCAGGCAAAAAGAUCUGUGAACCCGACAGCAUUGCUAAUCUCCAUGUUUGCAACUUGCCCAACGCUUUUGGUAAAGUCAUACGAGAGCUAAGUGCAGAAGUGUCACACCUCAAAGGGAGAGUUACCCCACUGGAAGAGCAAGUGGAAGUGCUGAAGACAGCAUCACAAUCCAAAACUGAACUUCUGCUUCAACAGCAUCAAGAGAGCAUUGAGAAACUGAUAAGUGAACAUGAAAAGGAGCUGGACAUCCUGAGUGAAAAAGCUAGUGCUUCCCAAAGCCAUGCAAGCAGUAUCCAAAGUCAGCUGGAGAUCAUUCAAGAACAAGCAAAAACCCAGAAUUCAUUGUACAUGCGCCAGAUUAAUCAGCUGGAAGAUACUGUGUCUGAGCUGCGUUCUGAGCUACGAGAAUCAAGGCGAGCAUCCGAGGACAAGAUAGAAGAACUGGAGAAGGAGUUGCAUCUGGCUCAUUCUGAGAUGUCUGAGGCUCAAAGCGAAAGGGAUCAGUACAGCCAAGAAACUGGAAGCCUGGACGGUCAGGUUCAUCAGUUGCUGGGUGAGCUUAGCAAAAAAUCUCUGGAGCUGAACCUGGAAAAAGAGCAAAAUAAGCGGCUCUGGGAUCGGGAUACGGGCAGCAGCAUCACCAUUGACAAUCUGCGGAGAGAGCUGGAUUCCAAAAAUAUGGAGCUGCAGCGCAUGGAAUCCAUGCUGAAGGCCAUGAAGAUGGAGUGUCAGGGGCAAAUGGAGCGUCAGAUGUCUGCAAUUAGAGAGAAGAACGAGAGCCUAGAGAAGGUGGCUUCUGUGACCGCCCAGCAAGAGUCAACCAAAGACAUGCUCCGCAAAGUCGUUCAAGAGCUGACAGAAAAGAAGAUGAACUUAGAAGCCGCCGAAAGGCAGGUGGCUGACCUGACAUCAUGCCUGCAAGAGAAGGAGAGGGUGAUUGCAUCGACCAAUGAGGAGAUCCAGAAGCUCCGCGGACGGGUGGACAGCAAGUUGCAGGAGCUCCAGCAACUGAAGAAUGAAGGCGAUCAAAUGCGGAGCAUCCAGGCAGAGUGCGAGUCCUUCCGGAUGCAGGCGCAGGAAAAGGAGAAGCUGAUUGAGAUCUUACGGAAGCAAAUCGACAGCAUGACCCAGAUUGUAGGACAGCAUGGCCGGACGGCGGGUGCAAUGGAGAUGGAAAAAUCUCAGCUUUCAAAAGAAGUCAAUGACAAGAAAAUGGAGAUCCAAGAACUUAAGAUGCUGCAGGACAAGAAAGAUGGUCAUAUUCGUGAAUUGGAGGCUAGUCUGAGUGAGCUGGAACUGGACAAGGUGAAAUUGGUAAACACGAGCUCUGAGAGGCUCCGGGUGCUGAAAGAGAUGAACCUGGAAAGAGAAGAUCUUUUGACUGAAAUAAAAGCCAGUCGCAUUGAGCUUGCUGCACUCACAGAGGAAUCUGAAGCUGUGAAGAACGAGUACCGAGAAAAAACGGAAGAGAUGGAAACUACUGUGACCAAACUGAAAGUGCAACUGAACUCCGUUCAGAUUGAACUGGACCAAACCAGAGCCACUCUAAAGACCAUGGAAGGGUCUGAUGGCCACGGUAAUCCAAUGAAAGUUGCAAUGGGGAUGCAGAAACAGGUUACAGCCAAGCGAGGACAGAUCGAUGCUUUGCAGAGCAAGAUUAAAUUUUUGGAGGAAGCCAUGGCCAAUGCAACUAAGGAGAAGCACUUUCUGAAAGAAGAGAGAAACAAGUUAAGCCAGGAAAUGACCACUCUGGCUUGUUUAAACAACAAAAUGUCAGGGGAGCUGGAGAUUCUUAAAUCACAGGAUAAACGUUUGAGAGAGAAACUUGCUACCAUGGAGGCAGCUCUGGAUAAAGCAUCGAUGCAGUUUGCAGAAUGUCAGUGCAUUAUGCAGCGGCAGGAGCAGGAAGCUAUGCGCUUCAAACUUCAGCACACUUUGGAUAUAAAAGAGCUGCAGGGGCCAGGAUAUACACUGGGCUCUUCGGUGAAGCCACGCCAUUCAUCCAUGCCUCACUCCCACUCAUCCAGCGCUCCAGCAUCACAAGCCUUUGCAGGCCAUCACACCUCUAGUUUCCCACCCAGGACUAGCUUUUCUAAGGAAGACCCAUUGCGAGAUUUAAAGCAACUUCUUCAGGAAUUACGGAGUACAAUUGAUGAAAUCCCUUCUUCGAUCCUCCCCAGAAGAGACAGUGACAGCGAGAGUGACUCAGUUUUGGAAGACACUGGCUCUACAUUUGACCUUGCUAGCAGAGAAUGCAUUGGCAAAAGAUCACACAAACUUUAUAGCAGGGAGGCGGCAGUCAGAGAUUUACCUUCUGAUGCCACUAUGGGGCAAAACCCUUUCUGCAGGGAACCUUUAACAUUACACACUGCAGACCUUGAGGAUCCAGAUACCACCCACCCUUUUACAUCCAGUGCCAUCUUCAGUUCCACUCCUCAUUACUCCUCUUCAAAGAAACUGUCCUCAGAGGAGAGGUACAAAGAUAGGUCUCCCGUGCACUCGUUGUUAACGACUACACUGGAUGACCUUAAGGCAGCUUCUGGACCCUCUAUGGAACGUCGCUCAAGUCUGAAGAAGAGCUAUAGAGAAGAGCCCUCGGAAGCCAUAGACAGGGCAGCCUCAGCCGCCUGUAGAGGUAUGUCCUUCAGCACCAGCUCAAAACCAGAUAUAAACUUUGGCACCAGCUCAAAAUCCGAAGUGUCCUUCAGUAGCUGUCCAAAGCCCGAAGUGUCCUUCAGUAGCUGUUUAAAACCAGAAAUGUCUUUUGGCAUAAGUUCAAAACCAGAAAUGUCCUUCGGCUCCAGUGUUUCCACUCAGACAGCAGACUCCAAUGGAAAUACAUGUAGGAAAUUGCAGAACAAGAUGGAAAGUCUGCAAAACCUGGUGGAAACAUUACAGUUGAAAAACCAAGCAAUGUCUACAAUGAUCAGAUGCCAGGAAAAGAAGAUUGAGCAAGCAAAGGAAAAGGAGAAGAAACUGUCCAAAUGAAACGUGAUUCAGAGCAGAUUGAGCUGGACGGCUGCAGCUUUGUAACACACAACUCCCUUCAUCUGUCUAGUGGGAUAUUACAAACGUGGCAGCUUCAGUAAUCAAGCUUCUUCCAGAGACUACCAGCAAGGACAGGCAAGUGCGAUUUAAGUAUCCUAACAGAGUCUGCCAUCACUUUUUCUUGAGAGAAGAACACCACGUUUCGUGUGUUUAACCCCCGGAGACCGACUGCUAGAAAGAAGCCGUAAACCUUCCACCUGCAAGUUACACAUAACCUUUGGAUAUGUACCAGCAGAUACUGGGUACAGACAGGUUCUCUUUCCUGCUGUUCAGGGCAGCAGCAGUUCCAAGCUUAUUUUGAAAUCUUCUUCUGCCAGAAGAAAACAAGUACUAAAAAUAUGUCGAGUGGACACUUUUGAACUUUA